AUGGCAUUGCUUGUGAGGAAGAGCUCUUUUUAUAAGCUGUAUGAUCUUGUAAAAAUCCAUGAACUUUACCAACAAUUGUCAGGAUUUUACUCGAUCGAUGUUAGACUACAGAUUUCCAUUGUUCUUGACCGAUUAGGAUCAAAUGGUAAUUCUUUGUCAAGUGACCAUUUGGCAAGACAUUCUGGAAUAGGAAAGGGCUCUAUCGAGAAUAUAACAAUCAGAUUCUUUAAAGUAAUUCUCUCUUUGGAGCACAAAUUCAUUUAUUGGCCAACCAAAUCUGAGAAAGCAGAGAUAAAACGAGCAAAUGAAUAUCUAUUAGGAUUUCCAAACCUUGUUAGAUAUCUUGAUGGAUGCUUAUUUAAGUUGGCAAAAGCACUAUCAUGGAAGCCAGAGCAGUUUUUCAGUCACAGAUCUGCUUACUGUGUAAACAAUGUCGCAUGUGAGCUUGGAAAAUUCCCAGAGCAAUUCUUUUCUGAUGACGAGUACGUGUUGGCAGACGUGGGGUACAAGGCUACAAACUAUAUUGUUCCAAUUAAAAAGAAGCCAAGAAACAGUGAACUCUCAUUAGCAGACCAAGAGUUCAACACCAAGAUCUCAAGCAUGCAAGUAAAAAUUGAGCAUGCAUUUGGAAUCUUGAAAGAGAGAUUCUACUAUCUCAAAUCAAUCCCUAAAGCCAAACGUCGAUGGGAAGAUAGAGAGAAAUCUGAAGUUGCACGCCUGCGGAAGACAGAAUAUUCAGAGGAGUCUGGUGUAGUAGAUGGAUCCCAGAUUAUAGACGGAAAUACAAGAUGGAUCCAGACACAACAUGUUGUAAUGUCAAAAGAGAAGAAUAAAUCUUCUUGA